AUGCAACUUCAAAUCACACUCUCCACGCUUCUACUCUCCUUUUUGUUAACAUCUCCCACAGCUUUCACCUCGGGAGCUCAGAGCAAGCCGCAGGAUCUGGUCCGGUCCUCGUGCGUGCACGCGCGCUACCCGCGUCUCUGCCUGCGCACCCUCUCUCACUACCCGGGACCAGAAAACACGCCUCUCGACCUGGCCCGAGCCGCGCUCAGGGUCAGCCUGGCCCACACCCGCCGGGCCUCCAAGUUCCUGCACGCGCUUUCCAAAGGUGGCGCCGCCGCCAUGAGCAAGCGGCAGCGCUCCGCGCUGCGCGACUGCACGGAGCAGAUCUCGGACUCCUUGGACCAGCUGCGGCGGAGCCUCGACGAGCUGCAGCACCUGCGCUCCGAGACUUUCCGCUGGCAAAUGAGCAACGCGCAGACGUGGGUCAGCGCCGCCCUCACCGACGGCGACACCUGCCUCGACGGAUUCGCCGGCAAUGCCAGGCCCGACGUCAAACGCAGGGUCACCGACGUAGCCAAGGUCACCAGCAAUGCUCUGUACAUGAUUAAUCGGCUGGGUCAAAGUAGGACGGGGAAAGCAAUGUCAAAGGCCAAGCCCAAACCCAGACCCAGACCCAGGCCCAUCAUCUCUCAGAAUUGA